AUGUCAACCCUCGAACUAAACCUCGACCCCUCUAAACCAAACCCACGCCUCCUGGACACCCCCUUGGAAAAACGCUACACAACAAUCUCUAUCCCUUCAACCUAUGGCCGACUAAACUCCAGCCCCCAAGCAGGCACAGUCGUGGGCAUCGUGCUGGGCAGCGUAGCAGGCUUUGUACUGCUAAUGUACGUGCUCUUCCUAGCGGUAAACCCAGGCGCACUGAAACGCGGCCCAGCACCGACCUCAUCCACCGUGACGAUGUCGAUGGACGACGAGCGCUCGGUGCGCAGUCGGCGGCGGCCGCGCCCCCACAACGAGGUCGAGGUCAUCGAAGAGCGGGACACAUUCCGCGAUAGUUACCGGCGCAGGCCGACUAGUCGGCAUGAUCACAUUGUUGUCGAGGAGUCGCUGGCUACUUCUGCUACCGGGGAUGCGGAUGGCGAUCUGAUCGAGGUUUAUGAGGAGAGUAGUUCUGCUGCUUCGGAUGUUAUGUCCCAGCUGCCAAGGAGGAGGUCGAGGGAAAGACGUAGGCCCCAUGAUGGGGUUAGGCAUGUUGAUCCGCUGGCUUAUGGGGGGGAAAGUGAUUAUGAUAGUCGGCGGGGUUGA